UCCAUGUGGUUUUGUUUACGAAUGUCAGGAUGGUCGUGGCAGCCGAUGGAUUAAAGCCAUAUCUGUAUGGUGAUGAACCCCUGCAUGAGAGAUUGCAGCUCGCUAAGAAGGCUUUCUUGGCCCCCAUAGAUGUGUCUCCCCUCCAGAAAGAAGAUCUGGUUAUAACAUGGCUCUCCGGGCUGCUCACGUCAAAGGUAUUUACCCUGAGCCCAGAGGAGGUGGUGGAGGCCUGGGCAACAAUGGAAGCUAUCCUGGGGUCAAAACGGUUAAAGGCACUUUGCAACAGCCGGUGGUUAUGCCCACUGAAUGAUUCCUUCAUUGAUACUCUGGUGAACCUCGUGAGUAGCAGCUAUGAAGAUGGCCCACAGCCGAGUGCCGUCAGGGUGUGUUGGGCCAUCAUGUCCAACCCAAUCCUUGCCCCAGUGAUAGCGCGCAACACUGCCCACUGCCUUGCGCUGGCACAGGGCCUUGCCAGUUGGAUCCUGAAAGGCCACAGGAGUGAUGAGGACAUAGAGCUCGCACAGAAGGUUAUCAGGGAGCUUGAGAUGAGCCUGAGAAGUCAGCUAGAUCGCAAGUAUGGAAUGAACUCUGUAAUGGAACACUUACUUCUCCCUAUGGCCAGAUUAGCUGCAGCAUUCAAGGAGGAUGAAAAUCAGAAUAUGAAAAUGCUGGUUAUCAAUUACAGAAUGACUGUGACAGUGAAUCUCUUUGAGAAUGAGCUCAUGCAAGAUUAUAAAAUGAGUUUAGAAGCGCUGUUUACCAAGGAAAGUGAAGCUGUCAUACCAAAGCAAAUAAAGACAUUCUUUGCUGCUCUCAUUUCAGCCAUUGAAAAUGAACCUGUGGAAGUGGCCAGCUGUAUGAUAUCAGAUGUGUUCAGUCAGUUCAUUUACAAGUAUCAGAAUCAACAAAAGCUCCAUUUCCAACUUUUAGUAGUGUUAUGCUACUUGAUUGGAGUAUCUCCAUCAAAGAGUAGUGGCUCUCAUGUUGUAGCAGACAGCUUUGCAAAACUUAAAAUCAAACCACCAGACAUAAAUCAGGCAAAGACAGAGAGAAUUUUGCUAAGCUUGCUAGAAGUUGUGGAGUCCAAAGCACUGGACCUGUCCUCGAAGCUGGGCAUGGACACAUUAAAGGCCUGGCUGGGCAAACUGGUGUAUAAGCAGUUACUUCAUCCUCAAGCCUCUGCUUCAGGUUUCAAAUGCUUCAGCAUCCUGAUAGCCAUUUUGCCACAGAUCGUUGCUAACAUGGUAAUAAAGAAGUACAACCUUCUUUAUGCAAGCACAGAGAAAGAACAGACAGAGACUUCCAGCACAGACCCCACUUGCUCCAAAGAGGCCAUGUAUCUGGCCUUUGAAGACCUUGUCUGUGAAAUCUUGAAAGUAUAUGAUCAGCUGAGAGACAUUCCAGGAUUGAUUAACGGAAUACUGCAAGGCAUCACAAACAAACAGUCAGUCCUAAGCGGAAAGGCAGUAGUACCUGAGUCCAUAAUCAUUUACAAGGGAAAUCUGCUUAUCCCUCCCAGGUUUAUGAUGUCUUUCAAUAAAGUAAUCAGCAGCCUCAGUCACAAUCAGAUUCUGCUUGUAUGGAAAAGCAUACAUACUUUUUUGACUGACACAAAGCCAGGUCUUGUUAAUGGGUCAGAUAAGUUUGGAGGAUGCAGUGAGGUUCGAAGUGCAAUACUGUGGCUUUAUUCCUGCAUUCUGAUGGCCAGUCCAAUCAUGCAGGCCAUAACAGUUGCAGGGUUUGCACCAUCAAUUGCUGACAUGAUGAAGAGGAGUGCCCUUGAGGUGGUCAAGCCAUUUGUAGAGUCCAUGCUGACUCUUCCUCACGAUAAUAACUUGUGCAGUAGUGUCUUAGUCCUGUGUCACUCAUGGGGUGAAGUUCACAUGAACCUCAUGUCUGUGGAUUUUGGGUACUCAGAAGUUCCUGAAGUGCCUCGGAUUCAUUCACCCAAAAAGAGCAAACCAACCGACUUCUCAUACCUUUUCCCAUUCAUUUCAAGCGAUAACUGGGCACAAAUUUCUGCUAGGGUGGCCAACUUUGGAAACAAACCCACACAGCUGGCACUGGUUCAGCUGGUCAUUCAGAAAUUUAGCAGAGCUGCAGCAGAACACAGUAGCAACCUGGAGAAAGAGGGACAGAGCAAAAAGACACAGGCUAAGGCUAUGGAAGGGUUGGCUAAGUACCUGGUCAAUGCCCUGGAGACUUGGGGGGCACCUAUCACCCAGAUGAUGACCUUUCACCUGACCUACAUCCUGCCUUUCAUCAGUGAAGCUCACCUCCCAUCCAUGGCCAAACAUUUGGUUAGUGGCAUUAUAGAAGAUCAGGAAGAGUGGAAAGUGUAUGUCAAGAGUGAUCACUUUCUCGAAGCCAGCUCUCUCCACCCUCAUGUGCUGUUGGAGAUCUUUUCUCUCUUGAUAACCCUGUCAGGUUCAGGCAAAAGAAAACAUUCAGAAUCAGAGAGUGAAGAAAGUACCACCAAGAAUUACUUCACAAAAUUGCUGAAGAGACUUAAAGAAGUUUGCCUAAAAAUGUCAACACUACAGUUCACAAUGUAUGAAGCAGAGAAGUGGGAAAUACUGGUGCGGUGUGGGGGCCCGUUGAAAAAGCUCCUUGGAAGUGGGGGCUCGGCCAGAUGCAAUCGCAUUAGCUCCAAAGAAAUUGCUAUCAUGGUUGAUCUCAUUAGUAGUUUGCCUCUUGCUCAUCUCAGGGAAGGCUCACAAGCUCUGAUAUUGAUGGCUCUCUUUGCCAUCUUGGUACAGGAAGUACACUUUGAAAGAGAAGAGAAUAUUUUAGCCAUCUUGGAUGCUAUUAAUAUAUCACUCUGUUCUCCAUGCAAAAUUGAAAUGUUGGGCAUAAUAAAUGUGGAUUCAUUACUUUCAUGGCUGGUUAAGAAGAGGCUAUCCCUUCCUGUUUUUGUUGUGCCAGAGCAUAUGCUCAAUUUAGCCCUGCCAUACAUGAAAUUUGGAAGAGGGAAAAAAUUCCCCAGGGAGUCUUCUAAAAACGAUGAAUACAAGAGAUCCGUUGCUUUUGAUCAUCUUCUGAUUACCCUUUUGAAAGUUCAAACUGUUGAAUUUGACCUUGGUACCCUGGCAGAACAAAUUACAAGUAUGGCUGCAACAGCUUCUGAUGAGGAACCAUUCCUACACAUUGCUGUGAUGCUAAUGUCAGCAUGCUUCAAGAAAAAGAAGGAACCCUUCAAGUCAACACUGCUGUCCCUAUCAGACUGGAUCUUGAAGAUGCACAACUCGGAUCUGGCCACAACAACACCCGUUACAGCAGCAUGUAUUCUGACUGGCCAUGCUGUCACUGUAGUCACAAAAAUGAGACAUUUAAUGGCUAAGCAGAAAAAAAGACAAUGGGCAUUGAAAAAGAAAGAGAAAGGAGAAGUGGAAGAGCCACAAGAAGAGGAAGAACUACCAGAAGAAGAGCCAGUAGAAGAAGAAGAGCCACUGGACGAUGAGCCACCAGAAGAGGAAGGGCCGUCAGAGGGAAAGCCAAAAGAACAGGAAAAGCCACCAGAAGAGGUAGAGACCCAGCCACAGGAGCCUGAAAGAUGGCAGAAAUUGCUUGGGUGUUCCUUAGAACUGGCUUCCCUCUGCCUUACAAGUGGGGAUGAGGAGCUGAAGGAAUAUGCCUUAACUUUCCUGAAUGUUGUAUCCAAGUACGGAGCAACGUUAAAACAGCAUGUACCUAAUCUUCUCUUUAUUGUAUGGAAGGCUCUUUCAUACCCAAAAUGCAUCUCUGACAACACAAGCAUCUUACAAGGUUCAAACAUCUCUCUGGCCCCAUUGUUUUCUAGUGCCACACCAGAGGAGUACGGGAAUUUGCUUCAAGACCUACUUAAAAGAACUCAGGGUGAAAAUUUGAUUAAUGCAUUCAUGCUCUGGAAAAUAGUCAUCAACUCCAAAUCCAAUGACCACACCAAACGACUCAAAUCCAUGGCCAUGGAGAACUUAGUUUACAUACUCAUUGAUUUGGUGUCAGCCCACAGUGCAGACAAGGAUUCUGUGAGCCCUAUCUUGGUGCCCACGUUAGAACACCUCAAGAAAGUGGUUAGCUCUUCGGUCAAGAUUGGCCCCCAUAUCAGAGUUCUGGGUCUCAUCCCAUGCACCACUAUUCAUCUAAGCACACUCCCUGCUGAGGAAUUUAAGAAGGUAUUUACUGCUACAGUAGAUAUUCUCAACAACUUUGUCGUUCACCGGAAAGUGCUCAUAAGUGAACGCAUACCUACACUUCUGGCAGCCAUCACACAUCUCACAAAGUCUGUCAUUGCUCAAGCCAGUCAAGAACGCAACUUAACACAAGACCAAAUUGAUAUAAUGGUUCAUUGCAUCACAUUAGUGGAGCGUGUAGUACAGGAGUUAAACCACUUCACUGAGAAGUUAAGACGAGUUGUUCACUUCACUGUUGGGAGCAUUGUUAAAAGCCUUCAACAAACUACUAUAUACCCUGCUGUUAAGACCAUACUGGAAAAUAUCAUCUAUUGCCUGAUGGAUCUUAGUGACACCUAUUGCAUGCAGCACCUAUUAGUAGCCAUGCCUCCAGCCAACACAGAAUUGCUGAAGCACCUCCACAGAAAUUACCACUCCUUCCAUCGGUUCCACCCAUUCCAAAAGUCAGGGGAAAAGAGAUUCUAAUAUUUGUGGAUGUAUGGGCUACUGUUUCUCAUGCAAAUUUUGUCUAGCACCAGUAUACAUUUUUUUAAAAAUUCUAAUGUAUAAAUAAAUAUGUACAUAUUUCUUCAAGAAUGGGAAUAUAGGUAUUUUAACAGUGACCAACAUUGUUAGACUGUUUAAUUUAUAAUUUAUAUUUUUUAUGAAACUUUCAUAAUCUGUCUUUUUUGGCUUGUACAGUCUUGUGAUACAUGGAUGAAUUACAAUAUAUUAGCACACAUGUUCUUUGACUGCUCAUGUGGUGACACAAAUAAAUUGAUAUUCAUAGAAACUG